AUGAGUAGCUGCAGUCUUAAAUGUAGUACAUUACCAUGUGUACAUAUAGAAAAUAAUAUGAAUGAGAAUGGAAUUAAUAAUAUAAUUCCGGAGGAACCAAAUAGUGCACAUAACGGUAACAUUAAUAAUAAUGAUAUUAUUAAUAAUAAUAAUAUUAAUAAUAAUAAUAUUAAUAAUAAUAAUGCAAUUGAUAAUUGUACAUGUGAAAAGUCAUCUGAGGAAAUCAGUGUGCACACCGAAAAGUGUGUUCAUUCUGUGUCUUUAGAUGUGAAUGUAAAAGAUUAUAAUUUUGAGGAAUUUAUAAAUUCCUUUGAAAGUGAUAGAAGGAAUAUAUUAUUAAAUACAUUUAAUUAUUUUUUUUAUAACAAUUUUGGAAAUUUAAGUGAAGUAAAAUUAAAAAAUGGAAGUAUUGCACAUAAUUAUUAUUAUAGAAAGAUAGCACUAAAUAUUAUGAAUUAUGAUUAUGAGAAAGAAUAUAGAAUAUAUGAUGAUAAUAGAGGACUAAAUGAAAAUUCAAUAAUAAUAAAACCUACAGCAUAUUACAUGAAUGAAGAAAAUAAUGGUAGACCACCAUUAUAUGAAGAUAUAUUUUUAAAGAAGACUAAAAUUACUAACAUUGAUGAUAAGAAUACAAAAGAGACAAUUAAAAAAUAUAAAUUACCAUUCGAACCUAAUUUUUAUAGUAAUCGAUUUUUUUUCUUAGAUAAUGAUAUGAAUGGGUGUUUAUAUCAAUCUACAAAAAAUUGUACAAAGUAUUGCAAUUCUUUUGUAGUUAAUUAUAAUAAUGUAAGUAAUAGUAGAAAGAAUAAGAAAAAAUAUACAAACUCAAUCAUUUUUAAUAAUAAUAAUAAUAAUAUUAAUUGUGACCAUAUGAGAUCAUUAUGUUAUUCAUACAUUUUACGAUUCGAGGGCCCGCCUCCACAUUUUUUAAUUAUUAAAUUUGACAGAAUUAAUAGAAAGGCCUAUAUAGUUAAAAAGGUACCAGUGAAUAAAAACAUUUCCUUUAAUUUGGCAAAAUUUAUAGCAGAAAAGUAUAUCAAUAUGUUAAGAAAAAACUUGAGGAAGAGAGAAAUAAAAAUGGAGAGGAAAAGAAAUAAUAGCAGCUUGAAUGGUAUAGCGAAGAAGGAUAUAAAUAAAAAGGAACAUAUUGAAUCGAAUAUUGAAAAUAAUAAUGAUAAUAAUAAUAAUAAUGAUGAUAAUAAUAAUAAUAAUAUUAAUAAUAGUGAUGAUAAUAAUAAUUUUAAUAAUAAUGAUGAGGAUCAUCUUGUUUGUAACAAUGAAAUGGUUUAUAAUAACGACUGUGGUACUAUAAACAAUUAUAGUAAUAAUAGCAGCACUAAUUAUUCGUCUGAUUAUUCAUUUUCAAGAAAUGGUUAUGUGUUAAAUGAAUAUAAUGAAGAAGAAGAUUUGAAUAAUUAUCUUCUUAAUAUGGAUAUAAAUUCUCUACCUUAUGAGGAUUAUAAUUCAGAAAAUUUUGUUAAUAGGGAAAUGUGUAAAAAUGAAUAUUUGGAUAUUGAUUUAGAAAAUAUAAUAUUUAGCAGUAAUGCAGAAAAGUAUAUAAAAUUUUUAAGUAACGUGAAAAUAUAUUUUUUAAAAAAGUUAGAUGAUAUAGAUUAUUUUAAUACUAAUUGUAAAGAUCCUUUUGAAAAUAAGAUUGUGAUAAUAGUAAAAAUGAAAUAUGACACUUGUGUAAAAUCUAAAGUGUUCAUAUUUGAAAAUAUGAAGGAUAUGGAGAGUGAAUAUGAAUACGUGAAUGUGGAUGAGAAUAAUGAUAAUAUAUGUGCUAAGAAGGGAAGUGACAACACGUUUGUAUCUUUAUUAAAUGGUGAUAUGAGUGUUAAUAAUAAUAAUAAUAAUAAUAAUAAUUGUGAUGGUGAUGAUGGUAAUAAUAAUGAUAAUUGUGAUGAUGAUGAUGAUAGUAAUAAUUCUUCUAACAAUCUAGCCAAUGAACAAACAGUUGAUAAGCAUGAAAGUGGUAAGAAAGAAGAUAAUGAAAAUGAGGAAUCUAGAAAUGUAAAAACAGAGGGAAAUUUUAUUACAAGAAAUUUUUUUGGUUUAUUUAAAAAUGAAUAUAAUAAUGGUAAUAAUGGUAGUACUAAAGAACAAUUGAAAGAAGAAGAAAAAAUGAAUAUAACAAAAAGUGAUAAUAAUAUUAGUAAUAAUAAUAAAAAGGAGAAGGGGAAAAAGAAGAAAGAAAGGGUGGAUAUGGAUAAAAAUAAGAACAAGAAUAUUCAUGAUAAUAAUAGAAAAAAAAAGAUUAGUGUAAAUUAUAGGAAAAAAAUAAUUCAGUUUAUACGUAAUAAUGUAUAUAUAAAUUCUUACAUAUAUGAUUGUUUUGAAAAUAAAUAUACGAAUAAUAAAUUUUUUAAAGAUGAUGUGAUAAUAAUAAGAAAUAGUAAAUCGGAAGAAGAGGAAGAAGAAGAAGAACGAUUAUCAUAUAGUGUACCAUAUUAUAUAUAUGAAUUGAAUAAAUUUGUAUUUAUAAAAUUUAUGAAAUUUGAGAAAUAUAUAAAUAAAAAUCAUGAGAUAGCAAAUGGAUAUAUACAAUAUUUGUUGCAAAGUAAUAUAAAAUGUAUAAAUGGUUAUAUGAUAGGAAUUAGAUGGGUUCCUAAUGUAUUUGCUUAUGAAUAUUAUGUGUACAAAAUAACAGAGGAUGUGAAAAGUGAAUAUAAAAGAGAAAACGAAUACAUUACAAAUAAUAAUAAUAAUAAUAUUAAUAGUAAUAAUAAUAAUAAUAUUAAUAGUAAUAAUAAUUAUAAUGGUGAGCGUAAUAAUAAUAGCAACUGUAAUACUAUAUAUAAUUAUUCUCUAGCAAUAGAAAAAGAUUCAAAUGAAAUAACUACGAAAUAUUUAAUCGAUUAUGAGAACAAAGUAAUAGAUAAUGUAUUAUGUGUGUUACAUGAAUAUUAUCAAACUAGUUUGUUCACUGAGCAUUGUAUAUUUAAUUUAUUUAAGUUGGUAUUAUUACGUGUGAGUUUAUAUAUUGGUGUGUUUAAUACUAAGGUAAUAACAUUAGAUUUGGAUAAGGCUAUGUAUCGAAUGAAGAAAUUUUCAGAGCCUAUUAGUAUAUAUGACAAUUAUGCGUUGUCAGAAUAUGAUAAUACUGUGUUGUUACAAGGUGGUGAUAUAUCCAACAUGGACUACGAAAUGAACGUAAAAGAAAAUGAAAAUGAAAAAGAAAAUGAAAAUGAUAAUAUUAAUAAUAAUAUUAUUAAUAGUAAUAAUGGGACCAAUUUGGAAGAAAAUGGAAAUAAUGCAGACUAUGUGAAUGAUUAUAACGAUGGUUAUAAAGAAGAAGAUGACGAUGAUGAGGAAGAGGAUAAUAAUUUAACCAAGAAAAAAGAUGAAGGGAAUGCAAAUUAUAAUAUCAAUAUUAAUGGUGAAGAGACUUCCGAUGAGGCAAAGAAUAAGAAUCAUAAUUUAAGAAUAACCUUUUCAUCUGUUCAUUUUGAUAAUGAAGGAAAUAAAAUUAUUGAUAAUUAUACACAUGAGAAUAAAAAUAAGCAUGCUUCUGAUAGUGACAUGAAUAAUAAUAAUAAUGAUAAUAUGAACUAUCCAUCGUCGCAUGAUAAAUAUAAUGAAUUAUUUAUAAAGAAUGAAAAAUUCGAAAGUGAAAGUUAUUUACCGAACAAGUUGAAGAAUAAGAAAAAGGUAAGUUACAAUUUGGAUAACACAUCUAUAUCAUUAAGAAAUAAAAAAAGUAGAGACAAUGCAAGUAGUUUAAAUUAUGAUCAUGAUAAUAAUAAUAAUAAUAUGAGUGGUAGUAGCAGUAACAAUAAUAAUAGUAGUAGAGGAGGAGGAGGAGGAAAAUGCUAUGGAAUAUUAAAAGGUGAAGUGGAUCAAUUUAGUAUAAAAUAUUAUAGUACAUCAGCCAAUAAUACAUCAUCAACUCUUAUUAAUAAUAAAAAAGAUUAUUAUUCAAAUGCAAGUGAUUUUAGUGGAACUUCUCAUAUGACAACUAAGCAUAAAUAUCACUUACGUAGUAGUAAUCCUCAAUCAACUGAUAAUUAUUCAUCAGAAGAAUAUAUGCAAAGGAGUAGUAUGCGUACACGAGGUGCAGAAAGGUCAGCUAAUCGAAAUAAGAUGUUAUAUAAGCUAAUGAAUAAAAAUGGUUUAAUUGAGCCCUAUUGGUGGUUCUUUUAUAAUUUAUAUGAAAAUGCAUGUAUACACGAAGGAAGUACACUGACAAGUAACAUGAACAAUAAUAAUAAUAAUAUGAAUGGUAAUAAUAAUUUGAAUGGUACUAAUAAUAUGAAUGGUACUAAUAAUAUGAAUGGUAAUAAUUAUACUAAUUAUUAUAGUAAUAAUAUUAAGAAGGGAACUUGCGGGGAUGAUGUCUUAAAUGACGAACAAAAAAGAAUUUUAGAAAAAAAAUAUAAGAAUAAUUUGUUAAAUCAUUUUUGCGCAAAUAACGAGAAAUUAAAAAUAAAAUAUAUAUCGAUGAUACAUGAUAUAAUAUAUAAGAAAUAUAUGCUUUUAAACAAUACUAUAUUUCCUCGAAACUUACAUGAGUCCGAGAUCUUAUAUACAUUAUUUCCUCAUGAACCUCAUACUUUUAUGUUUUUAUAUACGGAUGAUAAUUUUCAAUAUCAGAAUGAAGUAUUUUUGAAACAGGUGACAUUUAGUGAUAACAUUAAUUGGUAUCAUUAUCCAUUGAAUGGUCAAUAUAAUAACAUGGAUUUAUUUAAAAAUGGUGUUCAUGAUGAAAAGGAGAACAUGGUAUUACAUAUAAAUGAUUAUUAUAAUGGUUUAGGAGCAUCAUCUCGAUCUGUUAUAGGUAAAGAUUUUUAUGUGGAUCAUUUAAUUAUGGGUGAUUCAAAGGAUAGCACAUCAAAUAUGUUAAUGAGUAAGAAUUUGAAAUAUUCGAAUAUGCCAAAUUAUGAAAAGGUACGAGCAAAUUAUAGAGAAGCUCAUUUACUAAAUGAAAAGGAAUGGAAAAAUAUUCAGAAUGGAGGAUAUUAUAAGACCAUGUUACAUUUAGGAGAAGACAUGGAACAUCCAUAUAAUUUUGGAGUAUAUCAAGAUCCAAUUAUAUCAGCAUAUGAAACGAAUAGGAAUGAUUAUGGAUUUGCAAAUGGAAUAUUAACAAAUAAAAUAUUGGAGCCAUCUACAUCAUCUGCUGUAACAGCAGCGGUAGUAAGUAAUAAUACAGGAACAACUCAAAAUAAUAAUAAUAAUAAUAAUAAUAAGGUGUUUACUUUUGAGAGACGUAGAAGAGGUGUGAAAACCAAUGAAUAUUAUGACUACUUUGUAACUGAUAAGAAUUUGUUAGGAGGGAAAGGUAAAUUUCAUAAUGUGGGUGAAAAAAGAAGUGUUUCAAAUACAAAUUUCGGACGUAAUAAUAGAUAUUAUGAUCAAAUGAUAGGAGAAGAUGAUGAUAAGAAAAAUACUAGUGAUAAUGACUUAACAUCAUUAAAACGAAGGAAGAAUGGGAAUAGUAAACGUGCUAAGAGUAAUAAUUUGUCUAAUGUGAAGGGUUACAGUAUAUACAAUGUAGAAAAUAAUGGUGAAGCACAAGGAGAAAAUAAUAACAACAAUGUGAAUAAUAAUUUGAAGAGUAAUAAUAUUAAGAGUGAUGUAAUGAAUCAUGAUGAUUCGUUGAUACCUAUGGGACCAUUACCUACAGGUGUAUAUUUCGAUUCUGCUAGAAAAUUAUGGAGAUGCCAAUGGAAAGAAAAUGGGAAAUUUAAAACAAAAGGUUUUAGUUUAAUCCAUUAUAAUACACUUGAAGAGGCUCGAAAGCAAUGUAUUUUAUAUAGAUGUGAUGUAGGAAAUAUCCCUGUAAAGAGUGAGUGGUUGAAUCCUGUGUAUGUGCGAUCUUCUUAUUUUUAUAGUAAGAGAUGUUCAAGUAGUGCAAAUAAUGCGACAAGUUCAGGAAAUAAUUAUACUACAACAGCAGCGCAUAGGGAGUUGAAAACAAGUUCAUUGAACUUGAGUAGAUUGAAGGAGAAGACAGGAGUUAGUCAAGCGGUAUCAAGUAAUAAUAAUAAUGAUAAUAAUGUGGAUAAUAUGAAUAAUAUGAAUAAUAUGGAUAAAUUGAAUAAUAUGAAUAAUAUGGAUAAUAUGAAUAAUGUGAACAAUGAUAAUAAUAUAAAUAAUAACAAUGUAAAAAGUAGUGGAGUUGAAAAAGGAUUUAUGGAUGGCUCUAGCAAAGGAUCAAAUGAUGAUAAUUAUAUUGUUGGUCAGACAAAUACAAUUAGCAAUACGAAUAAUAAUAGAUAUUCUACUAGAAAUAAUACAGCUUCAUGUGUUGCAGCAAGCGACAAGGGGAAUGAAAUUGAUAUAUCCAUUUUACAGGAAUUUGUUUCAAAAAAUAAAGAAGGAGGUGUGUCUGUAGAUGGAGGAAUGCUUGAGAGUGCUUUGAUCGAAAGAGGAUUGAUUGAGAGUGGGUUACUAGAUAAUGGUUCAGUUAAUAAGAACAAUAUGUCAUUGCGUUUGAACUCGAAGAAUGCGAUGCUUGGAUAUAAUGGUGAGGAGAAUAAUAAAGGAAAAAAAAAUAUAAAAGAUAUAAAAGAUAUAAAAAAUGUGAAUAAUAUGAAUAAUAUGGAUAACCAUAAUAAUGAUAAUAAUGAUAAUAAUUAUAAUUUCCUUUUUGCAGAUAAGAAAAAUAAGAAUAAUAAUAUAAAUAUGGGUGUCAAGGAGGAAGAGAAACGCCGAAAACAAAUGGACGUGGUAGGCGAUGGAAGUGGAACACAAGCAUUGAAAAGAAGCAAACGAAGUAAGAGUAAUAACAAAUACAAAAUGGAUAUAAGCGUAGUAGAUAUAAAAGACGAUUUUGCAAAAGAUAUGUCUAAUUUAAUUAAUGAAGAGGAUAUAGAAAAUUUUAGAAAUACAUUUAAUAAGGAGUAUUUAAAAAGUGUACUAACAAAUGAUAAUAACAAUGAUGGUAUUAAUAAUAAUAAUAAUGAUGAUAUUAAUAAUAAUAAUAAUAAAAAGAAUAAUAAUAAGAAGAACACGAAUAAUAAGAACCAAAAUAAUAAUAAUAAUAAUAACAAUGACAACAACAAUAAUAAUAAUAAUAACAACGACAACAAUAAUAAUAAUAAUAAUAAUAUUAGAAGUAAUUCCUUUUUUUUAGAUGGAAAAGAUAUUAACAAUGAAUAUUUAAAUAAUGAGAACUUUUCAAAUGAUAUUCAAUCAUUCUUCAAGUUUUUAAAUUCUAAAGAUGCGAAAGAUGAGACUAAAGGAAAAAAGUAUUUGGAUUUCAAACUAGGAAAUGGACUUGAUGGAGAAGAGGAUGGAGGUGGUGUUUAUGAUGAGAAGGAAGAGGAUUUAUUGGAUGAAAAUAAGAAUGGAUUAAAUUUGUUAAGUGAUGAUAUUAAUAUUAAUAAUAAUAAUAAUGAGUUGUUUGAGGCUAUGAAAGCUUUUAUGAAAUACAAUGGAAAUGUGAUGAAUAAUGAAAAGGGAGAAUUAUUAUAUGGUAAUAAUAAUAAUAAUAAUAAUAGUAGUAGCGGAACGUAUGUUAAGAAUAAGAAGAGUUCCAAGUAUGACAAUAAGUCUUAUGGUGGUGAUAUGCUUCCAAGAAAAGAGAUGAAGAAAGAGAGAAGUAGAAAAUCACAAAAAUUAUUAAAUUCUCAAGUGAAUGAAUCUUCCCAACCUGUUAAUAAUUAUAAAAGUGGAGGAGUACAAUUUUAUAUGAAUUUGGAUACAACUAAUUUAUUGGCAGCAUCUUUAAUGACAAAUAAUAUAAUUAGUAAUUUGAAUAGUCAAAGUAAUGGAGACAAUUCACAUGUUAAUAAUAAUAAUAAUAAUAAUAAUAAUAAUAAUAAUCAUUUGAGUGACAUGAUGAAAAGUAGUAAUAAGGAAGGUAUUGGUUCUUCUUGGUCUCCAUCAAAUAUAUGUCCUGAUAUAUUUUUUCAAGAUAUCCAAAAUUUUAUUAACUUUGCUAAGCGCAAGGAGUGUAUGAAUGAUGAAAAGGAUGAGAACGAAGAGGGAAGCAUGACGAAUAUGCGGAAUAUGAAUAAUAAUAUGCACAUUAUUGGUAAUAAUCUGAACAACAACAACAAUAAUAAUAAUAAUAGUUUAAUAGACAAUGAUGUGUAUGAGAAUUAUUUGAAGUCACUUAUAGUUCAGUAUGAGAACGAGGAGAAACUAAAGGAAAAACAAUACGUCCAAAUGAAUAGCAACAAUAAUAAUAAUAGUAAUAAUAAUAAUAGUAAUAAUAAUUUGAAGUAUUUCCCUUUUGGAGAUAAGGAAGAAGAAGAUAAAGAAAAUAUACGUAAUCUAGAGAAUGACAAAACGGAUAAGGAAAAAAAUGGAGGAGGUGGUGUUGUGUCUUCUAGUUCUUCAUCUCCUACUGGUUUUUUUCAAAAGUAUUUAAAUAUCUUUAGUAAGAAAAAGAAUGGAAAUGAAUCUGAAGAUUUUAUGAACAAUAAGAAUAAUGUGGAUAACUCUAAAUAUGUGGAAUGUGGAAAUGGAGACAAAGAAAGCAAUGAUUAUAAUACUCGUCGAAAAAAGAAGGAUGAGAAAUUGAGUAUUAAUAGUAGUAAUGCUUUAUAUGAUAUGAGUAAAAUGUUGAAUAAUAAUGGUUUUGGAAGUGUGAGUAGUUAUAAUGAGGCUUAUAAGAAGAACUUUAAUUAUCUCUUACAAAAAAGUAAUAUGAAUAAUAAUAAUAUUAAUUUGAAUCUAUAUAAUAACGGAACGGGAGAUAACAAUGUGGAAAAUUUAGAAGGUGUCAAUAGUAAAGGGUCGAAAAAGUACAAUAAUAAUUUAGGCUUUAAUAAUAUGUCGGAGGCCAGUUUAUAUGAAUAUUUCAAUUUUGCUUCUCUUAAUAAUAAUGGUAAUAAUAUAUUUGGACAAGAUAGAAAGAAGAAUGGGCAUAUGUCAAUUAAUACUAAAAGUAGUAGCAUAUACAUGAAUGGUAACCACGUGAAUAAUUAUCUUAAUGGUUCAAAUAAUAUGAACAGUUUCAAUAGUAAUAGUGACAAUAUGGAAGCAAAGUAUGAUGGAUAUGAUGACAGUAUGUUGAGAGGAAUGGUAGAAAGAGGAUUAUCUUCAUCGAUUUAUUUUAGUAACAAGCAAAAAGGAAAGGAAUCAAUUAAUAAUUACAACAACAAUAAUAAUAAUAAUAAUAAUAAUAAUAAUAAUAAUCAAUAUAUGGAUGGUCAGUUAACAGAAAAUGAAAUUUCGAAUCAAAAUGUUUCUGGUAACAUGAAAAGUAUUAAAAAGAAAAAAGGUAGUACAAAUGAUGAUGAAAAUAUUAAUUUAAUAAAACAAUCUUUGCCUAAAGGUAUUUAUUAUGAUCAUGCGAAAAAAUUAUACAGAGUGCAAUAUAUAAUAAAUAAUUCGAUUAAAACGAAAGGGUUUAGUGUAAAGAAAUUAGGGUUAGCUCAAGCAAAAAUCGAGGCAGAAUCAUUUAGAAAUUUUUGUUUAGAAAAUGGGUUAUUGAAUUCUAGAAAGAGAAGAUUAAAUUCUCCAUAUAAUAAGAAGGAUGAGAGUUUUAGUAUGAUACCUGACAAUGAGGAGAUACUAUCGAAUCUGUUGUUUUUGUACAAUUCGAAUAUGAAUAAUAAUAUGAACAAGAUGGGUAAUAAUAAUGAUGAUAAUAAUAAUGAUGAUAAUAAUGAGGAUGAUAAUAAUGAUGGUAAUAAUAAUGAUAAUAAUAAUGAUAAUAAUAAUAUUGAUAAUAAUGAUAAUAAUAAUAUUGAUAAUAAUGAUAAUAAUAAUGAUAAUAAUAAUAUUGAUAAUAAUGAUAAUAAUAAUAUUGAUAAUAAUGAUAAUAAUAAUAUUGAUAAUAAUGAUGAUGUUAAUAAUGACGGUGAAAUGGCUCAAAAUGAAUAA